CAACAUGAAGCUGUUCGUUUUUUUAACUACUGUGUUCAUCGUUUUUACUGCCAAUUUUAUGGCAACUGCUACCGGUUUUGAAGGAUUCCCAGACUUGCGUAAUUUUACCAGAGAUAUUCCAAAAAAUAUAAAUAUGACUUCUAUGGAAAAUGGAACCAUGACUGGUACUAUAAUGAUGGGGCCUCCCAAGGCAUCUACUUACGGUUUUGAAGGAUUCCGAGACAUACGUGGUUUAACCAGAGAUAUUCCAAAGAAUAUAAAUAUGACUUUUAUGGAAAAUGAGACUAUGAUGGGGCCUCCCAAGGAAUCUAAAUCCAUUUACGAAGAAUCCAAUGAAAAUAUGACAUCAAAUCACAAUAUGAAUAUAUAUAAUAAAAUGAGGAUAUUUAUAUGA